AAACUUAAGUAAAUUUACAUGCUUAAAAAUUACUUUUAAAUAGUUUUUAUUUUAAAAAUUAUUAUUUGUAUUUUUAGACAUGGUGACAUCACAUUUAUCCAAAAUUUAGUGCAGAUUAAAAAUAGGGCAUUAAUAAAUAAAUGAGAAUCAAGUUCCAAAAGUAUAUAAUUGAAAAUAUUUUAGGUAAAACUGUACUGUUUUUUAUAUGGAUUAAAGGUUGUGGUGGAGACUGGGGGAUUCUCGCAAACGUAGUACAGUAAAUCAUUUUUUUCUUAAAAAAUUGUCGAAAAAUCUAAAUGUUUCCUACCACUAUUUUUGUACGCACUAUCACUAACAUGUUGUAGAAUGUGUAUAGUGCCCUUUUUUUUUGGGCUCAUUUUUCUCAUGCAGUCACGUGUACCAUUCCAAACUGUUUGUAUGUUAUUUAGGAAUAAGUCAAUUAGGAUUUGAAAUAUGCUGUGCACCUCCCAUAAUGUGAUACGUGAAACGCCACUGGCUAUGACUAACUCAUAAACUAUUUGUCCCCCUCCAAUUCGUUUACCGGUCUAUUUGUUUAUGUUAUUACCUCAAGUGAGGCAUUUUAUGAUUUGUGAAUCGUCUUUUGUAUUUUUAAUAUGGAGAGUAUCAUAGAAAGGUUCAUCCCCAGCGAGUGGACGUACCAAAGUGGAGCGUUGUCCUGCCACUUAGUCGAAUUAGACGAAUACACACAAAUGUAUGCAAAUCUAAAACAAAAAGUUUCGCGUGCCUUUAAUUUAGGAGUGCGAAAGAUCGCAAGAGUCGAAAAUCCGUACUUGUGGGCGCAGUAUUUGUUACGAAAGGAGGAGUACCAAACCAACGGGGUCGUUCGCGAAUUGGAAUUGUUUCACGAUACGAGCAGCCAUAAUGUGCAGUCCAUAGUUGAAACUAAUUUGGAUUGGCGUCGUGCUCAUCGGGUGAAGUAUGGGCGUGGUGUAAGUUUUUCGCCGUCUCCUGCAUACGCAAACAGCGAAUCGUGUAGAUCGAAUGGCACCGAUCGGGCAUUGAUAGUAGCGAAGGUGUUGGUGCAAAAUUCUGAAACUGUUGCCACUUCAGUUAAACUACCGAGCAAAGGGUAUGAUACGACAGUGGGAAACUGUGGAAAUGUGUACGUAAAAUUUUACGAUGACGAGUUUUAUCCAAAUUACAUCAUUUACUAUACAAGUCGCAGAAGGCGGUAAUUUAAACGGUGCCUAAACGAGAUUAUUGUAUUCCUUAUAUAGGUAUACUUUUAUUAUAUUUUACAUAUGACAUCUUUGUGUACUGAUAAGAAUGUGAUUUUACUAUAUUUGAAUGUUUAUUUUGUUAGGUUUGUUACAUGGAUACCUCCAUGGGUUCCUUGUAAUGUAUUUUUACUUAUGACAAUAUAAUAAUCUAAGUACUGAAUGAUUUUUUAAAAUACUUCAACCA